GAACUGUUCAACUAAGUUCAGUGAUUGUGUAUCAUUCCUCUGAACCGGUUACAACUUUUGAAUUUUGAAAUUCGCUCUUGAAAGCAAAAUAAUUUCCAAAAAAAGUUCAAAAAAUUCUCUUUCAAAAAUAGUUAUUAAUUUAUAAUUCUUAGUCGAAAUGGAUCGUUGUCGUCGUACCAAUAAGCGUGUUUGUGUAACUUAUAUAAUGUCCUUUUUGCUCCUCUCAACCUUUUUCUAUUACUUGAUGAAAGGCAGUAGUAAGAAUACCCGAGAUAUAUUACGCCUUCGUGACGAUGUUGAGGAUAUAUCACACAUGAUGGCCCAGCAGCAGGAAGAUUGCAAGGAUUCCCAGAUCCCAUUUGGCUCUCCCUGCAAGUUCGGCUGUGGCAGUUCCGAAUCAAAGCUGAGUGGAUCUGGGAAAUGCGACAAUCGGGACUUGAAUGCUUAUGUGGACACGCUAGUGAAGCGCAAGCUAGGCCACCUGAUGGACGAUGUAUAUAACUUGAAGAAGACUGUCAUGAACUCGCAGUGCGCUGCCAAGGGUGGACAAUCGGGAGUUAAGAGCGAGCCGGCUCCCGCAGACAAGGUCCGCCUCAAUUACGCUUCCGAGGAGUUGGGCGCUCGAAUCUUAAGUGCGGUGGCCGUGCCCAUUGGUGGAACUAACAUUAUAAGGAAGCUGCUGGGACUGGAGUUCAAUGCUAAUCCACCAAUCAACAUGCUGCGUCCAAGCCUUGCUCCAGGCGCCUGUUUUGGAUUCAAAGGACGUCGGGCCACCGUGACCGUUCAGCUGGCCAAACCGAUUAAAGUGGAGACCAUUACCCUGUCCCAUGUGGCUAAAGAAAUGACUCCUCGUCUGUGCAGCAACAGCGCCCCAAAGGAUUUUGAUGUUUAUGGUCUACAAGCGGAUUGCCAAAAGCGGGAGCUCCUUGGUCACUGGAGAUACGACAACGAUGCUAAGAAGCGCACCCAGAGCUACAAGGCCAUGGCCAAGUGCUCUUUCCGGAAACUAGUCUUCGUCUUCAACACAAAUCAUGGUGCGAAUGCCACAUGUGUCUAUCGUGUUGAGGUGUUUGGGAAGCUGAAGUAGUCACCACAUUCCGUUUCUUUGUUUUAGUUUUAGUUCAAUUAGUUUUAUUUAAUAGUUUUGGGGUAAUUUGUUAGGGUUCAGUGUUGAGGUGUACAAACAAAAGGAAUUUCACAUAGUUUUCUUUUCCGAUAACAGAGUUGGAUUAGUUUAAAUAGUUUAGUUCAGUUAGAUUAGUUCAAUUAGUUUAAUUGGUAUUAGUUUCAAUUAGUCAGAUGGUUUUUUAGUUUUUAAAGAUUAAUGCUAAUCCAAGAAACAGGAUGUCUAAGCCUUUGGAUUCGAAGGUGUCCCUUCAGUUAUCCAAACCAUUUAUGUAUCUUGUCGCGCAUGGAAAAUGUGAUAGCUCCCCGAUUUUACAGCAACACUACAAAGGAUUUCUGAAUUUUGAUGGAUAUGCUCAACAACACUCAAUAUUCAAAAGCGGAAACUUCAAUGGAGACACAUCUAGAAGAAACACCCACAUAACCCAAGGCUAUGUUUUCGGAAGUUGUACCUUUUUUUAGUCUUCGUCUUCGUCUUCAACACAAAUUACAGAUUUUUGGAAGCCCUAAAUGUGUCAGGAAGUUUAGGUUUCCCUUGGCAGAGUGUAUUAAUUUGUUGAUUUGUUUUCUGUUUUGUUAAAUAAAAUGUUAACCCCAA